CUUUCGGCCCAGGUACGACCCCCUCGGCCAUGGUGGAGCGGCGGCGGCCGCAGCUCGAGGAUCAGCCAGGGCAUACUGAAUCAUCAGGACUGCCUGAUGGUGCAGCAAGCAUCAUGAGUAAGCAAGGAGCAGGCUGUUCCUUAUCACGUGCAUAAGGGGAAGAAGGUUUAAAAAAACGUCUCUUAAGCUGUGUUUCCUCACUGAUGGAGAAUUAUUUCCAGGCAGAAGCUUAUAACCUGGACAAGGUGUUAGAUGAAUUUGAACAAAACGAAGAUGAAACAAUUUCUCCUACUUUAUUGGACACAAAGUGGAAUAAGAUUUUAGAGUCCUCUUCUCAUCGACUAUCAUUUAAUCCUACGCUGGCCAAUGUGAAUGAACCUGCAGUUUCUAGUGAAUCACAAUCACCAUUGAAAGUCUUCUCCCUGGCGCAUCCAACAACAGUGACCAGGGAGGAAGAAGAUACAUGUGCUAAUGGACAGGACUGUAGUCUAAAUCCAGAAAUUGCCACAAUGUGGAUUGAUGAAAAUGCCAUUGCAGAAGAUCAGUUAAUGAAGAGAAACUGUACUCUGGAUGCUCAGUGCAGUGCUGUUGAAGUGGGAGAGAAGAAAUGUGGAAAUCUAACUUGUCUGCCAGAUGAUAAGAAUGUUCUUGUUGUAGCUGUCAUGCAUAACUGUGAUAAAAGGACAUUACAAAGUGAACUUCAGGAUUGUAAUAAUUAUAAUAGUCAAUCCCUCAUGGAUUCUUUUAGUUGUUCACUGGAUAAUGAAAAUAGACAAACUGAUCAAUUUAGUUUUAGUAUGAAUGGGUCCACUGAAAAAGAUAUGAACUCAGAGAAACUAAUGGAUCCAUUGAAUAGACCAAAAACAGAGGGGGAUUCUGUUAACCACUUGUAUGGUACUCCAUCUGAUAAUAUAGCCAGUGCCUGUUCCCCAGUACAGUUAAAGGAUGAUGAAAAUAUAAGUAGAGACCCUUCUAUGUCUGUGAUUACAGGUUUAACAGUUGAUUCAGUGAUCUCAUCCCAGGGAACAGAUGGAGAUCCUGCUGCUAACAAACAAGAGGACAAUCCUCCAGAUGAGGGUCUUACAGGCAAAACCAGCUCUCCUAGGACAGAUCCAGGGAGUCUAAGCUCUCUUUCCCAUUUGAGUGAGGAGAUUUUGACAGAAAAAAAGCCAACAGAGGAGAGAACAGCUGAAGAACAACACUUGUCUGGCUUAUCUUCAUAUCUCAAACCAGACAUGAAAAAUGGGUCCCAAAGGGAUGAUAACUGCAAACAAUCUUCAGGUUGUGUUGUGCCUAGUGAAGUUAGGGCUGAUGAAAAUGAAGUUUAUGAGCAUGAAGAAAUUCUUGGCACUACAGAAUUUCCUAAAUUGACAGAGCAUUUCUCUGGCCCUCAGGAGAUGACUAAUUGGAAAUUGACUAAGCUAAAUGAGAUGAGUGAUAGCCAAGUAAAUGAAGAAAAUCAAAAGUUUUUACAGCUUGAGGACACUAAUGGUGAUAGUGAAGGGGAAUGUGCUGGAAUGGCAGAUGCAGGUCUUGAUAGCCAAGGAACUUACACAAGUCAAAGUGAAGGAUGUGAUUUCUCCACAAUUGUAGAUACACCAGCAAAUUCCCUGUCUAAUGGUUGUGAUUCCUAUGGAAUGCAGAGCCCAGUUGUUUCUUUUGUUCCAAAGACUUUACCCUCCAAAGAAGAUUCCGUAACCGAAGAAAAGGAAAUAGAAGAGAGCAAGUCAGAAUGCUACUCAAAUAUUUAUGAUCAGAGAGGAAAUGAGGCCACAGAAGGGAGUGGACUACUUUUAAAUAGCACUGGGGACCUGAUGAAGAAAAAUUAUUUACAUAAUUUCCCUAGUCAAGUUUCUUCAGUACAUGGGCAGUCUUCCCCCAAGAUAGUAGCAAACCUGCAAACUAUCAGUGUUCCUUUUGGUGGUGCAAGACCUAAGCAACCUUCUAAUCUUAAACUUCAAAUUCCAAAGCCAUUAUCAGACCAUUUACAAAAUGACCUUCCUGUGAACAGUGGAAAUAACAUUAAAAACAAAAAUGAUAUUCUUGGGAAAGCAAAGUUAGGGGAGAACACAGCAACCAAUGUAGGCAGUGCAUCUAUGGGAAAUAACUCUAUUGCUGAUACAAAUGGGGAACAUUUAGAAAGUUAUGAGGCUGAGAUCCCCAGUAGACCGUGCCUUGCAGUAGCCCCAGAUAGCCCAGAUAAUGAUCUCAGAGCUAGUCAGUUUGGAAUUUCUGCCAGAAAGCCAUUUACCACUCUAGGUGAGGUGGCUCCAGUAUGGGUACCAGAUUCCCAGGCUCCAAAUUGCAUGAAGUGUGAAGCACGGUUCACGUUCACCAAAAGGAGGCAUCAUUGUCGAGCAUGUGGGAAGGUUUUCUGUGCUUCCUGCUGUAGCCUGAAAUGUAAAUUGUUAUAUAUGGAUCGAAAGGAAGCUAGAGUAUGUGUAAUCUGCCACUCAGUGCUAAUGAAUGCUCAAGCCUGGGAGAACAUGAUGAGUGCCUCAAGCCAGAGCCCUAACCCUAACAAUCCUGCUGAAUACUGUUCUACUAUCCCUCCCUUGCAGCAAGCUCAGGCCUCAGGAGCACUGAGCUCUCCACCUCCCACUGUGAUGGUACCUGUGGGAGUUUUAAAGCACCCUGGAGCAGAAGUGGCUCAGCCUAGAGAGCAGAGGAGAGUUUGGUUUGCUGAUGGGAUCUUACCCAAUGGAGAAGUUGCUGAUGCAGCCAAAUUAACAAUGAAUGGAACUUCCUCUGCAGGAACUCUGGCUGUGUCACAUGACCCAGUCAAGCCAGUAACUUCUAGUCCUCUACCGGCAGAGGCGGACAUUUCUCUAUUCUCUGGGAAUAUAACACAAGUUGGAAGUCCAGUUGGAAGUGCAAUGAACCUAAUUCCUGAAGAUGGACUUCCUCCCAUUCUCAUUUCUACUGGUGUAAAAGGAGAUUAUGCUGUGGAAGAGAAACCAUCACAGAUAUCAGUAAUGCAGCAAUUGGAGGAUGGUGGUCCUGACCCACUUGUAUUUGUUUUAAAUGCAAAUUUGUUGUCAAUGGUUAAAAUUGUAAAUUAUGUGAACAGGAAGUGCUGGUGUUUCACAACCAAGGGAAUGCAUGCAGUGGGUCAAUCGGAGAUAGUCAUUCUGCUCCAGUGUCUACCAGAUGAAAAGUGUUUGCCAAAGGAUAUCUUUAAUCACUUUGUGCAGCUUUAUCGAGAUGCCCUGGCAGGAAAUGUUGUGGGCAACUUAGGACAUUCUUUCUUCAGCCAGAGUUUCCUUGGCAGUAAAGAACAUGGUGGAUUUUUGUAUGUGACAUCUACCUACCAGUCGCUACAGGACCUGGUACUUCCAACCCCACCUUACUUGUUCGGGAUUCUUAUCCAGAAAUGGGAAACUCCUUGGGCUAAAGUGUUUCCCAUUCGACUAAUGUUGAGACUUGGAGCAGAAUAUCGACUUUAUCCUUGCCCACUGUUCAGUGUCAGAUUUCGGAAGCCAUUAUUUGGGGAGACGGGGCAUACCAUCAUGAAUCUUCUUGCAGACUUCAGAAAUUACCAGUAUACUUUGCCUGUAGUUCAAGGGUUGGUAGUUGACAUGGAAGUUCGGAAAACAAGCAUCAAAAUACCCAGCAACAGAUACAAUGAGAUGAUGAAAGCUAUGAACAAGUCCAAUGAGCAUGUCCUGGCAGGAGGCACCUGCUUCAACGAAAAGGCAGACUCUCACCUCGUUUGUGUACAAAAUGACGAUGGAAACUAUCAGACCCAGGCAAUCAGUAUUCACAAUCAGCCCAGGAAAGUGACUGGUGCCAGUUUCUUUGUGUUUAGUGGAGCUCUGAAAUCCUCUUCAGGAUACCUUGCCAAAUCUAGCAUUGUGGAAGAUGGCGUUAUGGUCCAGAUCACUGCAGAGAACAUGGAUUCCUUGAGGCAGGCGCUUCGGGAGAUGAAGGACUUCACUAUCACCUGUGGCAAGGCAGACGCCGAGGAUCCCCAGGAACAGAUCCGCAUUCAGUGGGUGGAUGACGACAGGAACGUUAACAAGGGUGUUGUAAGUCCUAUAGAUGGAAAGUCUAUGGAGUCUAUAACAAACGUGAAGAUAUUCCAUGGAUCAGAGUAUAAAGCAAAUGGAAAAGUCAUCAGAUGGACAGAGGUGUUUUUCCUAGAAAAUGAGGACCAGCAUAAUUGCCUGAGUGAUCCUGCAGAUCAUAGCAGACUGACUGAGCAUGUGGCCAAGGCCUUUUGUCUUGCUCUCUGUCCCCACCUAAAGCUUCUGAAGGAAGAUGGAAUGACAAAACUGGGAUUACGUGUGACACUAGACUCAGAUCAGGUUGGCUAUCAAGCAGGGAGCAAUGGCCAGCCCCUUCCUUCACAGUACAUGAAUGAUCUGGACAGCGCCUUGGUGCCGGUGAUCCAUGGAGGUGCCUGUCAGCUCAGUGAAGGCCCUGUCGUCAUGGAACUUAUCUUUUAUAUUCUGGAAAACAUCGCCUAGACAGGACUUCAUUUUUUUCUGUUCAGACCGGUUGCAACAGCAGUCAUACCCAAAUCAUUUGCACUUUAAAACUGGAAGAUUAAGCUUUUGUUAACACUAUUAAUGGGGGGGGGGGGGUGGAGGGAGGGAGUGGAAUAGAAUGGGAGUAGGGACCUAGGUGUCAAGGGUGGGAUGGGGUGGUUGGGGGGAACAGAUGUUCCACAAUUUUAAAACUUCUAUGCAUCGUCCACCAAGAAGACCUGGAGAGCUUCUGUUACUGCACAACAGUUACGCUAUCUUUGCAGCUAAUCCCCUCCUCUUAUGUCUUAGACAAGAAUUCUGCUCCUCUCUUUUAAGAUUACUUAUGGUCAUGUGCUCAGAAAUGCUCAAAAUGGGUACAACCAUCACCAAGGCUGGGGUGGGAGGGCAGAGGGGAAAUAAACAAUGAAGCAUCAA